AUUCAGCUCCGGAACAUAGCCUGGAAUGCCCAGUUGACACUUGCAAAGUCAGAAUCUGGGGAAAUCUAGAAUAAAAUACUUACACAAGCAUGGCCAAGCCGACAUCAAUUAAGGAUGCGCUGGCACGCUGGGAGGACCGCAACAAACAGGAGGCGAUCACCGCCCAGGAGAUAUGCCUGCAAUUCCAGUAUCCGCCGAUCGAGAAAAUGGAUCCCACACUGAGCACACUUGUGGAGUGUCAGAAGCUGAGCCUGUCCUCAAACAUGAUUGAGAAGAUCACCGGCAUUUCGGGCAUGAAAAAUUUGCGUGUGCUCAGCCUGGCGCGCAACUAUCUGAAGACUCUAAAUGGCAUCGAGUCGCUGGCCGAGAACUUGGAGGAGCUAUGGGUUAGCUAUAACAAUAUAGAGAAAAUCAAACCGAUCGAGGCUAUGAAAGCGCUCAAGGUGUUCUAUAUAUCGCACAAUCUGGUCAAGGAUUGGGUAGAGUUUGGGCGCAUAGGCGUGCCACCGAAUCUGGGUGAUAUAACAUUCGUUGGGAAUCCAUUGAUCGAGAAUAUGGAUCCGGCUGCCUUUACCGCCGAGGCCAUACGCCGUUUGCCCAAUCUCAAGAAACUGGAUGGAGAGCCACUCAUACGUUAAGUUGUUGUUUUCGUUGUUUGUGCAAAAAUAAAAGGUGCAACCACAAAUCGUCAUGCA